AUGUUAGACAAAUUCAGAAGUGAUUAUAUCGUCCACUUUUAUGGUGCUGUGUUUAUUCCAAAUAAAAUAUGUAUGGUCACCGAAUUUGCUCAAUUUGGGUCUUUAAAAGACUUAAUGAGAAGAAUGAAAGAUGUUGAUAUUAGAAUGAAAUUGCGAGUUAAAAUGAUGUUAGACUGCUCUAAAGGAAUACUUUAUUUACAUUCAAAUGAUAUAUUACACAGAGAUAUUAAGCCGGAUAAUUAUCUAAUAUUUUCUUUGGAUAUUAAUGACUGUGUAAAUGCUAAAUUGACUGAUUUUGGAAGUAGUAGAAACAUCAACUUGUUGAUGACUAACAUAACAUUCACUAAAGGUAUUGGAACACCAAAGUAUAUGGCGCCUGAAGUUCUUGACAAAAAGAAAUACAAGAAAGCCGCUGAUGUUUACUCUUUUUCUUUAACUAUGCUUGAAAUAGCAAUGUGGAAAGAAGUGUUCCAAAAAGAUGACAAAGACUUCAAAUAUGCUUGGAACAUUGCAGAUUUUACAAGUAGUGGAAAGCGUUUGCAUAUUCCGGAUACUGUUCCAAUGGAAUUGACUAGUUUGAUAACAUCAAGUUGGACACAAGACCCACAUGAAAGAGCAAAUAUUAUAUUGUAUAUUGUGCAAAUUGGACUUGAAAAGUUUUACAAUACAAUUUAA